GUGGAGAAUGGCGAAUACUAAGCGCAGGCAGCAGCAAGCACGCUGGGGCAGCGUGGGCGAUCCACCAGAGCAUCUGGCACCUUGUGGUAGACUGGAGAGCAGUGGGAGGCAGAAUAUGCAUACUGGACCUCCGCGUCGGGAAGGGGAAGCCCUUUCGGGUAGUCUGCGUCUACGCACCGACAGCAGAAGCGAAGAACGAGACAAAAACGGAAGCUCUCUACGCAGAACUAGGGAAGGCAGUCAGGGGCGUGGCGAGGUAUGCCAUAGUAGGGGACUUCAACGCACGACUACCCAUCGGCGCUACGCAGGUAACGGGCCCACACGGC